AUGAGUUGCCCUAGUGGAGUAAAGCAAUCAACUAGUUGGCCACCUGUGUUAAAUAAUACUAAGUACACUCUAAUAGGUUUAAACAAGUGCUAUAAAUCUGACCGAGGCCUCAGUUCAUCUAGUUACCAAAAGUGUGAUUUCAGUGGGUUCUGCUUUCACCAUCUCUGUCUUAAAUAUAUACAGUCAUUCUAUCAAGCAGGGCUUAGCCCACACAGCUCUGCUUGUAGUAAGGGCUGUGGCCUGGCAGAUCUGGACCCUGCAGGGAGAUGGACUCCUGGAAGGGAAGUAAUGUACCCUGUUCUUACACAUAUGGCAGGAUUGGCAGACUUCACCUGGAAGGAGCAAGUUGGUGAUAUUUUGGAUUUUUCAGGCCAUAAGGUCUCUGUCGCAAGUAUUCUACCCUGCCAUGGUAGCAUGAACCAGCUACAGACAAUACACUUAAAUGGAUGA